GGAGCAUUCUCUCGUGCCUUCCUGAGAAGGCGGCAAUUUGGAGCUUUUGGACGCAGUCAGUGUGUUUCGAGCCUGGUGUCUUCAGCCACGUGUAAAUGCCUCGGUGUACAUUGAAAUAAUUAAUCCGUCUUCGAUUAUUUUAUUGGUUUGUCACCAGAAGACCGGAUUUCUUAAUACGCUAACCGUUAGCAGUGAGAAGAAGUCCGGACAGCGUCAAAAACAUCUCCUGACUCGUACAGUUGUGUACUUUGAGUUCACACUCAUAGAGUGAUUGAGACCUUCAGUGAAGCUCCUCCUACAACAAUCCACCAAUAAAUGCUGGAGACAAACACACAGAGAAAUCACUCCAUGUGUGACAACUGAAAUCUACAAGAAUGUUCUUGGUGCUGGUGAAAGAGGAGCUUGAGAAGAUGACAGAUCAACAACCAUGCAGAAUAAAGGAUGAAGAGACUGAGGAACAAAUAGACAUGAUUAAAGUGAAAGAGGAGAGUCAAGCUGAAGUGGAUGAGAAACAUCAGAUUGUAAAAAUAAACCAUAAUGUUUCACAGAAAGAAACUCUGAAGACAGAAGACAUAAAGUGUGAAAAUAGUUUCAGUGAAGAUGAACCCCCUGCAGAUCACAACAAGACUCACAGUGAGGAGAAACCUUUCACAUGUCAACAGUGUGGAAAGAGUUUUAGAAGAAAAGAUCACCUUAAAGAACACAUGAGGACUCACAGUGAGGAGAAACCUUUCACAUGUCACCAGUGUGGAAAGAGUUUCACCUCUCAAUCGAACGUUAACCGGCACAUGAAAACUCACAGGGGGGAAAAGCCACACGCCUGCCAGUAUUGUGACAAGAGUUUUCUAGAUAGAAGUCAACUUAAGAGACACAUUAGAGUUCACACUGGAGAGAAACCUCAUGCAUGUCUUCAGUGUGAAAAGAGUUUCAGAGAUAAACGUGGACUUGAGACUCACAUGAGUAGUCACACUGGAGUGAAACCUUACAUAUGCUAUCAGUGUGAAAAUAGUUUUUCAAGCAAAUGCACUCUUCAGAAACACAUGACAGUUCACACUGAAGGAAAACCGUUCACUUGUCAACACUGUGGACAGAGUUUCAGAAGAAAAGAUCACCUUACCUUACAUGUGAGGAUUCACACUGAAGAGAAACCAUUCAAGUGCCAUCAGUGUGGAAAGAGCUUCACAUUUCAAAGAAGCUUUUACCGCCACAUGAAAACUCACAGUGAGGAAAAGCCACAGGCGUGCCAUCAUUGUGACAAGAGUUUCCCAGAUACAAGUAAAAGAUACACAUGAGGUCUCACACUGGAGAGAAACCUUACACUUGUUGUCAUCACUGUGGUAAGAGUUAUAGAAUGAAAUGUGACUUUAAUGUACAUGUGAGAAUUCACACUGAAGAGAAACCAUUCACGUUUCAUCAUUACCUUAAUGAACACCUAAGAAUUCACAAUGUCUGUACUUGUGGACUUGUAAAACGUCAUCAGUCAUGGCCCAAGUACUGUUCCAAUUCCAAGUUCACAUCAAGUCAAGUUCACAUAACAUCUCAGGAUGUGUUCUUGAUCUGCUCAUUUUAUCAAGGAUGCAUCAGGAGGUGACUUGUGUGGACUUAUGACAGCCAAGUUUCCCAGAAUGCAUUUUGCGUCAGCGGCAAUGAAGCUUAAAACCUGCACAAUAUUCGGAAUAUUACUCUUUCUGUGUCAUUAAAUGUAGCUGUUUAGUCGAGAAUAUAGAUGAAUAAACUUUAAAUCUGUGGUCAGUUAGUAAAGAUAGGACCUAAACUCACUUUAUUAGGUACACCUUACUAGUACUGGGUUGGACCCCCUUUUGCCUUCAGAACUGCCUUAAUCCUUCGUGUCAUUGAUUCAACAAGGUACUGGAAACAUUCCUCAGAGAUUUUGGUCCAUAUUGACAUGAUAACAUCACGAAGUUGCUGCAGAUUUGUCGGCUGCACAUCCAGGGCAUGAAGCUCCCAUUCCACCACAUCCCAAUGAUGCUUCAUUGGGUUGAGAUCUGGUAACUGUGGAUGCCAUUUUAGUUCAUAGAACUCAAUGUCACGUUCAAGAAACCAGUCUGAGAUGAUUUGCGCUUUAUGACAUGGUGCUUUAUCCUGCUGUAAGUAGCCAUCAGAGGAUGGGUACACUGUGGUCAUAAAGGGAUGAACAUGGUCAGAAAAAAUACACAAUGCUCAAUUGGUACUAAUGGGCCAAAAGUGUGCCAAGAAAAUAUCCCCCGCACCAUUACACCACCACCACCGGCCUGAACCAUUGAUACAAGGCAGGAUGGAUCCAUGCUUUCAUGUUGUUGACGCCAAAUUCUGACUCUACCAUCUGAAUGCCCCAGCAGAAAUCAAGACUCAUCAGACCAGGCAACAUUUUUCCAAUCUUCUUUUGUCCAUUUUGGUGAGCCUGUGUGAAUUGUAGCCUUAGUUUCCUGUUCUUAGCUGUCAGGAGUGGCACCCGGUGUGGUCUUCUGCUGCUGUAGCCCAUCCGCCUCAAGGUUCGACGUGUUGUGCGUUCAGAGAUACUCUUCAUCUCGGUUGUAACGAGUGGUUAUUUGAGUUACUGUUGCCUUUCUAUCAGCUCUGGACAGUCUGUCAAAGUCAUAAAGGAAUGGUUGAUAUAUUUCAUGAGGAAAAUGUAAAUGUAAUAUUAGUUUUAAUGUUGUGAAUUUAAUGAGUAAAUGAUUGUUCA